AUGGCCACCAAUGCGACAAGCUUCACGUCGCCUCUGGCGACAAUCAAGUAUGGUGCCGUCCCAGUGCCACCACAGCUUGAGUAUGUCUUCGAGAUAGUCGCCAAUGCGAGUAUCUGGCAGAUCCUCGUCACACUUCUCGCGCUUGCCGUUGUCUAUGACCAGAUCCGGUAUAUCCUCAACAAGGGUACCAUCGUGGGUCCCGCCAUGAAGGUCCCCUUCAUCGGCCCCUUCCUCGAAUCUGUCAACCCCAAGUUCGAGGAGUACCACGCGAAAUGGCUGUCGGGUCCCCUGAGCUGUGUUUCCGUCUUCCACAAGUUUGUCGUCAUCGCCUCGACCCGCGACAUGGCCCGCAAGGUGUUCAACUCGCCCGCCUUCGUCAAGCCCUGCGUCGUCGAUGUCGCUCACAAGCUUCUCGGUGCCGACAACUGGGUCUUCCUCGACGGCAAGGCCCACGUUGACUUCCGCAAGGGUCUCAACGGUCUCUUCACCCGUCGCGCCCUCGAGAUCUACCUCCCUGGCCAGGAGGAGGUGUACAACCGCUACUUCAAAUCCUUUGUCGACAUCUCCAAAGCCGCCAACUUCAAGCCGGUCCCCUGGAUGACCCAGUUCCGCGAGAUCAUCACGGCCGUCUCCUGCCGCACCUUUGUCGGCCACUACCUCGGCGACGAGGCCGUCAAGAAGAUCGCCGACGACUACUACCUCAUCACCGAGGCCCUCGAGCUCGUCAACUUCCCCAUCAUCAUCCCCUUCACCAAGACCUGGUACGGCAAGAAGGCCGCCGAUAUGGUCCUCGCCGAGUUCGCCCGUUGCGCCGCCAAGUCCAAGAUCCGGAUGGCUGCCGGCGGCGAGCCCAACUGCAUCAUGGACGCCUGGGUUGUCGAGAUGAUUGCCUCCAAGAAGUGGCGCGACGCCGAGGAGGCUGGCAACACCGAGGGUCUCACCAAGCCGACUCAUGUCCUUCGCGAUUUCACCGAUUACGAAAUCGCCCAAACCGUCUUCACCUUCUUGUUCGCCUCCCAGGAUGCCACCUCUUCUGCCGCCACCUGGCUCUUCCAGAUCAUGGCCCAACGCCCUGACGUCCUCGACCGCGUCCGCGCUGAGAACUUUGCUACCCGCAACGGAAACCCCAACGCCCCUGUUAACCUUGAGCAGCUCGAGUCCAUGACUUACACCCGCGCUGUGGUCAGAGAGCUCCUCCGCUACCGCCCACCAGUGCUCAUGGUUCCUUAUGUCGCCAAGAAGCCCUUCCCCAUCACUGACACCUACACUGCGCCCAAGGGCUCAAUGGUCAUCCCGUCGACGUACCUCGCUCUUCGCGACCCAGAAGUCUAUCAAAACCCCGAUGUCUUUGACCCCGAGAGGUACUACACCGGCGACGCCGAGGUCAAGGGCGCAAAGAACUACCUCGUGUUCGGCACAGGUCCUCAUUACUGCAUUGGUCAGCAUUACGCCCAGAUGAAUCUUUGUCUCUUCUUGGGGAAGGCGAGUCUGCAGUUGGAGUGGGAGCACCAUGCCACGCCUUUGAGUGAGGAGAUUCAGGUUUUUGCGACGAUUUUCCCCAAGGAUCAUUGCCCGCUUGUGUUUAAGGAGAGGAGAUGGUAG